CAGGUUUUGAAGACUUCGCAUCUGGAAAAUGCGGCAGAGACAGCCAUCACUAAGAGCAGCGUCCCCACAGCUAAAAAGGACGACGCAAUUGAGCUUAAGCUCGCCAACUUUUCAGUGCUGCUUCCUGUCCUACCAGAUCUGUCGCCCCCCGCCCGGGUGAGUUGCCAGCAUUCUGUUGCAUUUAGUUGUUAG